AAUGCUGCACUUCAAGCCAAAAGAUCUCUCUUGGGCUUGCUUGUUUUGACUUGUAACCACAAAUUUGUCUUGUCUAAAGUCCAAUCACAUUAUAAAACAAAGUACCGAUCUCCCCAACACAGCAUUCUCUGAAGCAGCUGGAGUCAUAGACUCCAGCUAGGGGAUUCUCUAAUAACUUUUCUGCCGCUUUGAUUUCCAUAGAGCUCUAAAUUGCUGUGUCUGAAGCUGAGGAGAGCAAGAUGGUUUUGGAAAUGCUGAAUCCAAUGCACUAUAAUGUCACUGGCAUGGUGCCAGAAGUCAUGCUUGUCGGCACCAUGCUGAUUCUGCUGCUCAUGGGCCUUCUUCUCUUGAUUUGGAAUUAUGAGAACACAUCUUCAAUACCAGGUCCUGGCUACUGUAUGGGAAUUGGGCCCCUCAUUUCCCAUGGUAGAUUCCUGUGGAUGGGGAUUGGCAGUGCCUGCAACUACUACAACAAGAUGUAUGGAGAAUUCAUGAGAGUCUGGAUAGGUGGAGAAGAAACACUCAUUAUCAGCAAGUCCUCAAGUAUGUUCCAUGUAAUGAAGCACAGUCACUACAUCUCCCGAUUUGGCAGCAAACUUGGGUUGCAGUGCAUUGGUAUGCAUGAGAAUGGCAUCAUAUUUAACAAUAAUCCAGACCUCUGGAGAGCAGUACGACCUUUUUUUAUGAAAGCUUUAACAGGCCCUGGCCUUGUUCGCAUGGUGGCAGUUUGUGCUGAAUCCAUCAUAAGGCACCUGGACAGACUGGAGGAGGUCACCAAUAUGUCGGGCUACAUUGACGUGUUGACCCUCAUGCGGCGCAUCAUGCUGGACACCUCUAAUAUGCUUUUCUUGGGGAUUCCCUUGGACGAAAGUGCCAUGGUGGAUAAAAUCCAGGGUUAUUUUGAUGCAUGGCAGGCUCUCCUUCUCAAGCCAAACAUCUUCUUUAAGAUUUCUUGGCUAUACAAAAAAUAUGAAAAGCCUGUCAAGGAUUUGAAAGAUGCCAUAAAUAUUUUGGUAGAAGAAAAAAGGCAAAAGGUUUCCACAGCAGAGAAACUAGAAGACUGUAUGGAUUUUGCCACUGAAUUGAUUUUUGCUGAGAAACGUGGAGAUCUGACAAGAGAGAAUGUGAACCAGUGCGUAUUGGAAAUGCUGAUUGCAGCACCUGACACUAUGUCUGUCACUGUGUACUUCAUGCUGUUCCUCAUUGCAAAUCACCCUAAAGUUGAAGAGGCAAUAAUGAAGGAAAUACAGACUGUUGUUGGUGAGAGAGAGAUAAAGAUUGACGAUGUGCAAAAACUAAAAGUGAUGGAAAACUUCAUUUACGAGAGCCUGCGGUACCAGCCCGUAGUGGACUUGGUCAUGCGCAAAGCCUUACAAGAUGAUGUGAUUGACGGCUACCCAGUGAAAAAGGGAACUAACAUUAUUCUAAAUAUUGGAAGAAUGCAUCGACUCGAGUUUUUCCCCAAGCCUAACGAAUUUACUCUUGAAAAUUUUGAGAAGAAUGUUCCUUACAGGUAUUUUCAGCCAUUUGGCUUUGGGCCCCGCAGCUGUGCAGGAAAGUACAUUGCCAUGGUGAUGAUGAAAGUUGUCCUGGUUACACUUCUGAGGCGAUUCCAUGUGAAGACACUGCAAGGAAAGUGUGUUGAAAACAUACAGAAGAAAAAUGACUUGUCCUUGCACCCAGAUGAAACAAGCAACCUGCUAGAAAUGAUUUUUACCCCAAGAAAUUCAGACAAGUGCCUCAAACACUAAAGAAGGUUGUUCAGUGACUACUCUGGAGCAUUUCUCAUCAGUAGCUCACAUGGGAACCAUUCACCCUUGCCAGGUAAUAUCAUCCUCACAGUGAACAUUUGGGCCCAAGGCAUACCUCCUAUGGGCCUUCAGCAAGAUGGGAGCUAUGGGACAUCUACCCUCGUCCAAACUAGAGAACCAGGAUGCAAGAGAAAAGAGGCCAUGGGGAAAGUAGUCAGUGAAGAAACUGCAGUCCAAAAGGACCAAUUCCACAAAAUAUGCUUUGGAAAAGAUAAGUAAUCCACUACACCUACAUCUGGUUUCCUACAGGAUCUCCACUGCCCUGCCCCAAAGCAUUUUAAUGUCUGGGCAGAAGCACUGGAAUUGAUUAGAAAAGCCAGGCCAAGUCUGAGUACCUAGGGCCAAACACAUCUGCUAGUGUGAAUAAAACAGCUUUCUUUUUUCUUUUCUUUUCUUUUUCUUUUUCCUUUUUUUUCUUUUGUGAUGGUAGAACAGCAACAUUCAGACACUUUGAAGAAAUACUUAGACAAUUUCAGCAUUUGACUUUUCUCGUGAGUUAGGCCCAGUUACCUAUUAUGUAUCCACAUGUGAUCUGACUGUGGCAAAAGUUGAAUCAAAGAAUAUCCUUUCCCAGUCUCUCCAUUCAUGUCUCAAAUACCUCUGCUAUAGUAGGUAUAGAUUCAGGUAAUAUAAGCUAACUUAGUAAUAGCCUGGGUAAAAUAUAACUAGGACUCUACAUCUGAUAUCAGGGGGUAGGUAAUAAAGGGUAGAAAUCACAUGACGUAUUCCAAAUUCAAAUAAAAAUCCCUUUUCCAUGUUUGCAUUGUUGCUCAGCUCCAAAAUAGCAUGGAUAACAAGAGAUGACUUUAAACAGUCACAUAGCCCUUACCACAGCAUCAGUCAUUUAGGAGUGAGAAAGCCCUCUGAAUCUGUAUCUGGUACUACAGCCCAGUGGGUUCUGACUUCUAAGGAGUGCUCCUGUUACCUCAUUCCUUUGACAUUGUCUCCCUCCCUUUCCUUCCAUGCCCCCAAAUCCAAGGGCAACAAUCAGUAAGGAACAUGGUUGAUGUAGAACCCCUGCAAACCAUUUUUUUUUAAAAAAUCCUACCUCAAAUUUAAUAGUUACCUUAGAAAUUUAACCGUUAUCUAGUUUAUUGAAUCAUUGUAUGUAGCCAUGGAUAAAAUGUACACCUGGAAUUUUCUCUGUAUAAGGAAUCAAAUAAAUGGGUCAAUUUUCCAAAUACCA